AAAUCACAUAAAUCACAAACGUUAGACAAUUCUGACGAACAAAGUUAAAACUACUUGAUGAAAUUGAAGAAAUAAGAGAGUAAUACUUCUUCUGAUUUGUCCACCAUGAUAGAAUGAGGACAUUUAAUCUGCUGACCGUAACAACGUACACUACAUUUUUGUACAUUGAAAUAUGAAUUUGAUAACGCAUCCACUUAAUUAAACAUUAUUCAUGAUGUUCUCCUCUCUAGGUGAUAACUGUACAAAUCAGUUUUUCAUGAUAAUUAUCGUAUUUAUCAGUAGUCUAUUUAUUCAAAAAAUUAUUGGUACUCCUAAUGUACUAUCUACUCCACCACAUGGUCAACAACGUUGUAUGAAACCGGUACCGAUACAAAUUCCGGAGUGUCAAAAUACAUUUUAUAAUUAUACUGGUAUGCCAAAUUUAGUUGGUCAAGAGACACAGUUUGAUGCAAGACAUCAGUUACAAACAUUUAAACCAUUAAUUACUUACAAAUGUUCAUCAAAAUUGAAUUUUUCUUAUGCUCAGUAUAUACACCAAUGUGUGAUGUUAAUACACAUUAUUUAAUUGGACCAUGUCGGCCAUUAUGUGAACAUGUACGUGCUAGAUGUGCUCCUGUGUUAAGAGUAUUCGAUUUUGAUUGGCCAGAAAAUUUGAAUUGUUCACGAUUCCCUGUGAAAAAUAGUGUUGGUGGUGCAAUGUGUAUGGAAGGUCCAGAAGACUUAGAAGAAGAUAUCAAUACACCACAGAAUAGUAUUACUAAUAGUCAUUUGAAAGAAAGAGUCAUAAAAUCAGACUAUAAGGACUUACCAUUAGAUUCAUCAAUGAAACAAGUAUUACAAGCAAUCACAGUAAAUGAUCAUAAAUUCGUUAACCAUGAAGAAACAAUUAAAGAGGAAGGAUUCACUAAGUUAAUGGAGAAGUUGACAGCUGGUGAUUUAUCACUGAUACCAAGAACUACAAAAGAUUUUCUGCCAAGUACGCUUACAUCACACUUGAACAAAUAUCCUCUAACUCUAAAUCAUUUAGCCCAAUCGAUACGUCAUUGUUCCUACUUAAAAAAGCCAACAUUCUAUGUUUACAUAAAUCGUACUGGAAGGUGUGCACCACUAUGCGAAGCGGAUAUCCUUUAUACAACAGAGGCUAAAACAUUGUCAACAAUGUGGACCAGUGUACUAGCUGGUAUAUGUUGUCUAGUGACCACAUUCACCUUGAUACGUUAUGCAAUGAAUCCAUCAGAUUUUAGACCAAAUGAAAAACCAAUUGUUUACAUUGCUCUUUGUCAGUUAUUUUUUGCACUUGGUUAUGGAUUAAGUUUAGGGUUGGGUAGAGAAACAGUGACAUGUGGUCGAGACAUGGAUUCAGGACAGAAGAUACGCCUGCAAGAAGGGUUAGAUAAUCCUAUGUGUGCAUUUGUAUUUAUGAUCCAAUACUUUUUUUCAAUAGCUAGUUAUAUUUGGUGGACUAUGCUGGUAUUUCAUUGGACUUUACAAAGAACAGGAGCAAUGUUUGCAUGUUUCUGUUGUGCUAGUUCACCUUCAACUCAUUCUCACCUACCAUCACCACCACUAUUACCACCAAUACCCUCGACGUAUCCUGUUAUGGGUAAUAAUAGUACAACUAAUCCCAAUGGUAAACAGUUCAAAAACUGUUGCUUUAAAAUGCAAUCAUUAUGUUUAUGCUCUGAAAAUUCUAUGAACUGGAAUAAAUCUGAAAUAAUUAUGAAUGAAGGAGUAUAUCCACCAAAGAAUAAAGACAUUAGUCCUAAUCAACAGUUGACAACAUCUUCAAGUUUACACCAUCAACAACAACAAGUGGUUAACAUCAAUGGCAGUGGACAAAUGACAAAAUUGACGCAUUCAUUAACACCGUGUACACGACACAAUGAUGCUCUAAAGCGUGAUUACUGUUGGUCAGCAUUAAGUCCCAAUCAACGACAUAUUAUAUUCACAUCGAAAUCAGAUCAGAUAACAGCUUGUUUAGCUAAAGAGCAUUUAGUAGCAUGGCUGACAGCUGGUUUAUUCACUGUUGGUGUUCUUGUUAGUCGACAAGUUGAUGCAGAUGAACUUAUCCCUGUGUGUGGUGUUGGUCAUCAGAAUACCAGUGUUCUUGGUGCAUUUAUUCUUGGACCUCAAACCGUGUUAAUUACUUUGGGUAGUAUAACAUUUAUGAUUGGUUUCAUCUGCUUACUUCCAUGCUUUCGUAAGCGUAAAUGUUUCUGCUGGAGACAGUUUAAAACAAAGCCAACUACCUCUCAUAGUCAAAGUGUAUAUCAUCAUAAUCAACACGGUUCACAGCAGCAGUAUACUCAGUAUAAACAGGAGAAUCACAACCCCAAGAUGGAUUCUCAGUCUACUGGUAAUAAUGUCAGUUCUCAUGUCAAUAAUUCAUUCACAACUCACGCAAGAUCCAGUUUCAAUAAAUCUACAAUAACAAGAUCUCAUUGCCAAUCAGCUCCCAUCAGUAAUCCCCUUCUUCCUCACCCUCCAUAUGAGCAUCCAUCUAAUCAAUGUUUCUAUAAUCAUGCAUCUCAACGCUUUUAUCAAAGUUGCAAAAACUCGUCUCAUCCAUCAUCUGACCCAAUGGAGUUUCGUAUAGGACUUUUCUGCUUUCUGUACCUAAUUCCAUUGAUUUGUAUGAAUGCAUGUGAUCUGUACGAAUAUUUAUAUCGUGAUGAAUGGUUAAGUGUUCCCGGACAUAAAAAUUUGAAUAGUAACGGUAAUAAUCGUAAUGUUAUUAAUGAUCAGUAUCAUAAAGUGCGUGGAUCAAGUUUCUCCCCGGAUAAUAUAAAUCUUGCAUCAUAUUUAUGGAAUGUUGAUGAAGUAUUCGGUCCAAAUCCAGAAUUAUUCAUGUUACGCAUAUUUAUGUCACUUGUCACAGGAUUUACGUGCAGUUUAUGGAUGUGGACUGUAAAAGGUUGUCAUUUAAACUGUGAUUAUUGUUUAUGUCUGUCAAAUAACGGUUCAACACUUAAACAAAAACGGCGCGAAAAUCAGCUUAUUUUGAAACAUUCAAAAGCUUUUGGAGUAACAAAAGAGAAUUUUUUGUGUAGUAAUGAAUUGGUUGGAUGCAACAAUAGUAAUAAUAAUAAUCCCAGUAAUUCUAAUCACAAGCGUACGUUUACACAAACCCCUGAAGGUACUACCUAUACUCUGCAUCCAUAUGCAAUCUAUCAGUACACAAAAUCAUCAGACGGAUACAAUUCACAGCAUCGAGGUGGUGAAGGAAGAUGUGAAAUCGUUGGCUGUAGUGCUACAACCACUGGUACUGCUGGUGCUACUGAUAAUAAACUGGACUGUAACCAAUCGAACUUCCCGAUCACAUCACUUUUAACCCAGGGUCAUUUAACUCAGCUGGAUACAGGUUUUGUUUUGCGUGAUAUGGAACAUUCUACUGCAACCACACCAGGAUAUUAUAGUCAUGCAAAAAUUAGUCCAAAUAUGAUUAUUGACUCAAUGAGUGAAGAUGCUUCUACGUCUUCAAUUCCACCUCCAUUACCUCCAUCCAAUAAUCGGCCACCACGUUUACCUGCACGUGGAGAUCCUUGUGUAGGCGCAUCAUCUAGUCAAGUUUUUGGAUUUACUAAUAAGAUAAAUAUGGAACAAGUGAAUAACAACAAAACCUGUAACAAAAACAAUAAUAAUAGUUGCCAUAACAGUAAUGAAACUGAAAAUUAUAAUCUAAUGAAGUUUAAAAUUCCUACUUAAUUAGCAUAUAUAUUUAAGUAUUUAGGUACUUUUACGACUACUUCUAAAUAAUAAUCGAAUGUUGUAAAUAUUAAAAGAUCUUUCUCUUUUCUUCUGUUUGUUGUUUAGCUGACAUUGUUUUGAUUAUUUCCUUCCAGAAGAUUCCUUUUCUUUUUCUUUACUUUGCUUCAUAAUGUCAUCCUCAUAAAGUGAGAUAGAUAAAUCCUCAUAACUGAUUUAACUAUGCACUACCAUAUUCUUGCUGACUACUGGUGUUUUUCUAGUGGUAUGCUAGCAUUUAUAUGGUAAACAUACUAAUUUCUUUGUAUCAUAAAAAGCAUUUUUCUACUAACCCUUUUCUUUUUAGUGAUUGUGAUGAUGAUAUGAUGGGAAUUUCAGAGCUGGUCGGUCUUACAGGGUAUAAACACUGUUGAACACUUACCGUAAUCUUGUAUAUGUAGUAUACUAUGAAGCUGAAAUACCAUCGACUUACAUUUCUACAAACACACAAAUAUACACACAUAUUAUCAUUACAUAUUUGCUCAUGAACUAUAAGUGUGAAAUUAUAUUCUAUUGUUUUCUCUAUGUACACAUUCAAUGUACAAUGUUUAUUGAACACUUUCAGAUAAAACUGAUAGUUAAAACAGCAUUUAAUAAAGUGAAUUACCUACCUUAUUAUCCGUUAAUCAAACAAAUUGAGAUUUAGUAUAUAAAAAACCAAUUGAAAUGCAUCUAUGUUUACUCAUGUAUAUUUUUUUUUCCAUUGGAAAACAAAAAAACACUGGCUACCUUCAUAGUUUUAUUCUAUCGUUAUUUUUUACGUAUUACAGUUUGUCUUUCUUUCCUUUCUCAUUGUAAUUUUAUUUUAUUUUACUUCUGUAUACACAAAGAAGACAAAAAGAACAAGUUGUAAUCAUAAAUAUAUAAAUAAACUUAUUUAUUUAUUCAUUGUAGAUUUCGUUUAUUUGUAUAUUCAUGUAUCAGUAAGUAUACGUGCCGAAUUCAUUCUCUUCAUUUACUUAAUAGGUUGAGAGUUGUUUAAAUGUCUGAAUAUGGUUUAACAUGAAGAUGGAUAGUAAAGCACAUCCAUAUAAGUACAUAAAUAGUUAAUGAAAUAAUAGCUGAACAAUAACACGUAUGCCAUAAACAAUAUGAAAGCUUAAAAUUCAGUCUUUAUGGAAAGAAAUCAAGGGAUUGGAAGUGUUCAUUACACAAAAUGAGAUGUACCAGAUUUCAACUAGAUCUUAUUUUCUUUUGUUUAGCUUAAAGGUAAACUAUGUACAAGGUAGGAGAUAUCAUUAAAACCUACCUAGUUAGAUGGAUAAUUUUUAUCUUUUAUUACAUUGUACGUGUUUUUUGCAUCAAAAAUAUUUUUCCUUCCACUACUCUAUAAAAAUGUAUAUGACUGAUAUCAUCUGUGUCAAUCAAAUUUAGCAAAAAUACUCUACUAAUCCAAGUAUG